CACCCCCGCUCCCGGUUGCCUGGCGAAGCCUGAGGCCUGGCUGGGGCCUGCUCGCCAGCAGCCAGCCAGCCAGCCAGCCAGCCGCCGAGAUGCCGCACGGCUUCAAGGCCGGAGACCUCGUCUUCGCCAAGAUGAAGGGAUACCCGCACUGGCCGGCCAGGAUCGACGAUAUCAUCGAUGGCGCAGUGAAGCCCCCACCCAAUAAAUAUCCCAUUUUCUUCUUCGGCACCCACGAGACGGCCUUCUUGGGACCCAAGGACCUCUUCCCUUACGAGAAAUACAAGGACAAAUAUGGGAAGCCCAACAAACGGAAAGGCUUCAACGAAGGAUUGUGGGAGAUCCAGAACAACCCUCAUGCCAGUUACAGUGCGCCUCCGCCAAUAAGCUCCUCCGAUAGUGAAGUCCCUGACAUUGACCCCAUAGUUGGCGGAGGCGGAGGAGGCGGAAGCGACAUCGUGGAGGAGGAGGGAUCUGCCCCGAUGGCAGCAGUCGGCGCUGCGGGAGUGACCGUGGAGAAAGUGCAGAGCGACGACGAGUCGGACAGGGGAAGCGAUCACAGUGGUCUGAAGCGGAAGCCGUUAGCCAUGAAAAUGCCAGUGGCGAAACGGCCGCGGAAAUCAUCCAGUGACCUCGACCAGGCCACUCCAUCGCCGUCGGAGGAGGAGGAAAACUCCGAAAGCUCCUCUGAGUCUGAGAAGUACAGCGACCAGGACUUUACUCCGGAGAAGAAGCCUCCGCCAAGGGCUCCACGAAGGGUGGCUGCAGGCGGCUGGAAGAAAAAGAAAAUCGAAUCGGGCUCCGACUCGGAUGCCAAGGCUGAUUCGGAGGAAGAGGAGGAGGAGGAGGACGACGACAGAGAGAAUGCCAAGGCUCCCACACCCAAGUCUGAUUCCGACUCCAACUCGGACGAGUCCGUCAAGAAGCCCUCCCGGGGACGGAAGCCGGCAGCAGCGGAAAAGCCGCCCCCGAAGCCUCGUGGGAGGAAGCCAAAGGCAGAGAAGCUUCCCAGCAGCUCCAGCAGCGACAGCGACAGCGACAGCGACGUGGACCGCAUCAGUGAGUGGAAGCGCCGCGACGAGGAGCGCCGCCGCGAGCUGGAGGAGAAGCGGAAGCGCGAGCAGGAGGAGGAGCUGCGCCGCCUUCGGGAGCAGGAGCGGGAGGAGAAGGAGCGGAAGAAGGAGAAGGCCGAGAAGGGAGAGGUGGAGCACUCAGACAGCGACAGCAGCGUGGACGACGAGGUCCCCAAGAAGAGCAAGAAGGGGCGGCCCAAGGCCCCGUCAUCCUCCGACUCAGAAGUGGAGAAAGAGGUGAAAAAGCCUCUGAAGAAGCAGCAGUCCUCCGAGAUCUCGAGGAAACAGAGUCAAAAGGAGAAGAGGGGCCAAGCAGACGAGAAGACCCGGAACAGAGCUUUGAAAGCAGAACGAGGCCGGAAAAAGUCAGAGCUGCUCCCUGAAAGGAGGGUGGAGAAGAAGAAAGAACCCACGAUCGAGGAGAAACUCCAGAAGUUGCACAGCGAGAUCAAGUUUGCUCUGAAAGUCGACAAUCCGGACAUCAAAAGGUGUCUGAGCGCGUUGGAAGAACUGGGCAGCCUGCAAGUCACCUCUCAGAUCCUCCAGAAACACACGAACGUCGUGGCCACUCUAAAAAAGAUUCGGCGUUACAAGGCUAACAAAGAAGUGAUGGAGAAGGCAGCCGAGGUCUACACAUGCCUGAAGUCCCGCGUCCUGGGGCCGAAGGUCGGGGCGAACCAGAAAGUCAACAGGACUGAUUCGGAGAAGGAGAAGGACAAAGGGGAGGGGGACAAAGGCAAGGAUAAGCUGCCUGAAGGAGAAAUGCAGAAUGAGACGGGCGAGGAAGAGACGAGUGCUGACCUCCCAGCUCCUGUGAACGGGGAGUCGGGAGCCCAGAAAGGAGAAGGCGUGACAGACAACAAGGAUGGAGACGAAGAUUGGACUUCCGGGGACGUCAAGGGAAGGGCUUCCCCCGAAGACAGCCACAACGAGACGCAAGACUAUUCUGCGACGGAGCGGGCAGGAGCAGAACGGGAGGCGAUCCACAUGGAGUCGGACUCCGUGGAGGAAGAUGACGGGAGCUGAAACCGAGGGGGGGAGGCCCCUGCGAAGAAGCAGCGCCGGGCGGGUUGCGAUGCUUGCAGCCCCCGGGGAGGCGAGGUCUCUGCCUUACCCUGUCUUUCAGAGAUGCUUUUCCAAGCCACACAGUAGAU